ACCUUUUAAAGGUUUCUCCUCUCCAAUACACCCUAGCAACAUUUUGUUGCGGACGGGCGGGGCGAGCACUUGGUGGUGACAAUGAUACUGACCUCCUUUACAGGCUUGUUGUAAGGGUUACUAAAAAAAAAAAGUGUGACUCCCUCAGCACUACAUAAAUGAAAAGUGCUGGUAUUGUCCCAGGGCGUGGGAAGAGAGGGUGAGAUCUUGUUGGCAUGACGACACGAGAUUGACCAGCCCCUUUCAGGCACCGUACCUGCUCCCCACAACUCGCCAGCAGCUCGGGAAAGCGCUGUAACCUCUCCCGAACGCGACCCCAGACUCCUCGACUGGACAUGGCGGCAAAUAACAGCCUCCAAAAUGCUACCUGUAGGCCGCAGCCAUGAUCAGACGAGCGCCUUCAGCGGAGCAGCUCUCACUGGCCCAGUAAGGUUAUAGACCCCUCGGGUCGCCUUGUAAAAGAUCUCCCGCUUUCUGAUUGACCUUCAGCUUUAUUCUGUCUCGCCCUGAUUGAGUCCCAAUACAUACACAAGAAACCUCCGAUUGGAUGGAAAAUGGAAAACAAUCUUUCGUUCCUGCCUUUACGUUGGUGGCGUCUGACUGAGACAGCUACUUCCCGCUUGCUGAAGAAAUUGAUUGGCUGUGCUUGAGCAGGAUCGCCGUUUGAUUGGAGCACGUGGUGUUCCGGAAGGCGAGUCAGUGAAGCUCAUGUUUGGGCUCGGAAAUUGUCAUGGCGGCGGUACCUCUACGGGAUCGGCUGAGCUUCUUGAGUCGGCUACCCACUCUAAUCAAAGGCACCUCAGAUGAUGAGAUCCCAUGCCCAGGGUAUCUGUUUGAAGAGAUUGCCAAGAUAUCUCAUGAGUCAGCAGGAAGCGGUCACUGUCUUCUCGAGUACCUCCUCAAUCGUCUUCAGAACAACUCAUGCCACAUCAAACUGAAGGUGCUCAAGAUCCUGGUAUACAUGUGCAACCAUGGUUCUUCACACUUCCUUCUGCAACUCAAGCGGAAUUCUUCCUUCAUCCAAGAAGCCACAGUGUUUGCAGGGCCUCCUGAUCCUCUCCACGGCAACAGCUUGUAUCAGAAGGUGCGCAUGACUGCACAGGAUCUGGCAAGUGCUUUGUUUUCGGAUGCCCUGCUGCCCCAGCCUGCUGCUAUGCCACCUAAAGAACUAUCUUCAACAGGCAUGGGCUCCAAGCCCAACCCGCACGGCUCACUCCAAGGCUUUGGUUUUGAAAGAAGUGACUCGGCAUCCACUGGCAAAGUUCUGCUGGCCACCAUCCAAAAGGCAGCUGAGGUGGUUGCCAAUGCCAUGCUCCCUGGUCAGGAGCUCACUAGUCCCCACAGUAGGGAGCUGAAGGAUAAUGCCUACGAGCCAGUGAUGGCACCUUUUCCUGGCAAAAGCUCCAUCUUACCUACAAAACCAUCUUCUGUCAUCACCCGGAAGAUGCGAGCGAGCCAUCAGCCAGGACAAGCAGGAGGCGGCUGGGAGGAAUUGGACAGUGGGCAAAGCUUCCAGAAUUCCUUGAAGGAGAACAGCGACCUGAGCAGGGCAUCUGAUUCCUACAGCAGGUCAGGCAGUGACAAUCACUCAGGUGCUCUGGAGCCAGGAACGGUUGCUGAGAGGAUGGAUGCUGAAAACCUUGGGGACUGCCUGCAAGAAGUGAGCCUUGUCAGCAAACUAACCAAAGGCUCCAAGGUUUUCCUGACAUAUGAGGAGACCCAGCACUUCAUCAAGGAGUGUGGGCUGCUGAACUGUGAAGUGGUCUUGGCUAUGCUCAACCGAACCCUGAAGGACCCCAGUGAGUGCGUCCGCAUGAGGGCCAUGUGUGCCAUCUAUUCCCUCAUGUGUUCUGACUUGCUGUCCCAUAAUCAGGUAUUUGCCAUUACCCAGCAGCACUUGCAAGAGCUCAGUAAAGAAAGCCCUGGUUCUGUAGCCAACAAAGCAACAAAGAUCUUGCGUCAAUUUGAAGCACUCGGCAGGAGCCGUUCCACUUCCAAGAACUCCUCCCCAGUUGCCAGCCGCUGCGUCCCUGCCAGGACCACAUUCAGGCGUGCUGAUGACCUGCUAGCAGAUACAAUGGCAUUUGCAGAAGAGACUAUCCUCAAACCUGUGAGCCUGGCACCGCAGCCCUGCCAAGCACCUGAACGCCUCGCCAGUGCUGUGUGUCAAUCAAAAGGACAGGUCCUGCAAUUGGUGUCCUCUGGCCAACCCGGGGAUAUCCUGCCCCCUGGCCUUGGCCUGCGAGGAUCAGAAUGCAGGCUUCCAAACUCUGAAUCCCAAGAGGACAGGCCUCCAAGGGGUGAUCCAGAUGGCACAGUUUCCCUGUUCGCAGGCAUGGAGCUGGUAGCACCCUCAAGUAUGAUCUUGGCAGACGCUGCUGAGCAGGAAUAUAUAUCUCUAGCUCCACGGACAGCAUCUUGUACUGGGAGCCCCACAGCCAGUGAGGGCAGCCAGGGACUGUCUGCUUUCCCCUUCCUCAAUGCGUAGCAGUUCCUUGUUGCAAUUCUGGCUAUGGGCAGCCAAGCUAGCAACAAACUGGUAUCCUUCCAGCUCUCUCUAUACCAGCCUUUCCCAACCAGUGUGCCUCCAGAUGUUGUUGGACCACAACUCCCAUCAGCCUCAGCCAGCA